AUGCGUGCCCACUUGAGGGGUGACACCGCUUACUCAGAGUUUUCCCAGCGGCUUUUUGUUCUGGGCGAGGCUAGACUGCCAUCAGAUGAUAUUAGAAUGGCUUCGAUUGAAUCCGUUUGCACAGUCGUCGAAACAGCUUCUCAAUUGGUGAAUUGCGUCUUUCCAAAACUCGAAUCCAAUUUCCGUAACAUGGAAUGGCUUAGUCAACGCGCCAUUCUUGCCCACAGAAACCGUACUGUUGAUGCGAUUAAUGACGAGCUUCUCCAACAAAUUCCAUGUGAAGAGCGAGUCUACAAAUCCAUCGAUAGGACACGAGACCCUGAGGACGUUGUUGACUAUCCAAUCGAACUAUUGAAUUCACUCCAACCUCUUGGUCUUCCACCUCACGUUCUAAAUUUGAAGGCCGGGUUUCCAAUUAUGCUCCUUCUCGCACGGCCAGCUUUACGUUGGUUGCUCACAUGUAGGGUGCAAGAGUGA